CAAAAAGACUGCGAGAGAAGCAUGUCUGUGAGAGCAAUCAUAUCAUUGGUGGUUCUAGUGAUUCUCAUUGAAUCCCAUGAGUCCACUCCUAUCCCCGACGGUCUCCGGAAGGUAGAGGAAGCCUUUGUAAAGAUCUUAGGCCAAUCCAGUCACGUUCUCUCCUUCGCUCGCUUCACUCACCAGUAUGGGAAAAUGUAUCAAAACGAGGAGGAGAUAAAGCAACGUUUCUCGGUGUUCAAGGAGAAUCUUGAUUUUAUCAGAUCCACCAACAAGAAAGGCUUAUCCUACAAACUCGGUGUUAAUCAAUAUGCUGAUUUGACCAGAGAAGAGUUUCAAAGGAACAAGAUCGGUGCUUCGCAACACCCUUUUGCCACUUCAAAGGGCAGCCGUAGACUCACAGGAAGAGCUCUUUUGCAAACCUCAGCUCCUAGUGCUAAAGACUGGAGAGAAGAUGGUGUUGUUAGCCCGGUCAAAAAUCAGGGAGCAGCAUGUGCAGCAUCUUGGGCAAUCAGCGCAACUGGAGCUGUUGAGUCAGCUUACCAUAUUAAACAUGGUGUCGGAAGAGAUCUCUCUGUGCAACAGCUGAUAGAUUGUUCUUCAUCUCACGGUACACUUGGCUGCAUUGAUGGUCAUCCUUUCCAGGCCUUUAAUUACAUCAAAUCCGAAGGAAUCAACAAUGCGACACAGUAUCCUUACCUAGGUGUCCAAGGAGUGUGCAGAAGUAACUCGGACUCUGUUGUAAAUGUCACAGGAUAUGUCGCUAUCCCUUCGUUUGAUGAACUUGAACUGAUGAAAGCGGUUGGAUCUAUUGGGCCAGUUAGCGUAUCAUUCGGCGUUUCACUCUCACUCCAGCAUUACAGCAGCGGAGUCUACCAUAGUAGCGAACACUGUGAAGAUAUUUUAGGCAUCAGACAAUAUGGUUUGGCGGUUGGUUAUGGAAAUGAAGCGGGUCGCGACUAUUGGAUUAUAAAGAACUCAUGGGGAGAACAGUGGGGCGAUGGUGGUUACUUCAAGUUUGAGAGGGGGAGGAACUUGUGCGGUAUUGCAGUACUCCCAGUGUACCCGAUUGUGGACUGAGAUGAUCAGCAUGUGAAUGCAUGAUAUGUUUGCAUUUAUUUGAUUAAGACAUUAAUUGAAAAGUUGGCACUUGGCAGUGCACAUUGUUGUGUUUAUGUUUGUUGUAACAUAUGGUCUGUUCAUAUGUACAUAAUAAAGGAA